AACCACAUUAUAUUUCUCAUCUCACAUAGGGUUCUGUCCUGACAAAGUGUUCCUCAUAGUCUUAAGUAAACCAUAUUCUGCUUGAUGCCGUGUUCUUAACUGUGGACUCGCACAAUCAAACCGGCAGCACCCAACAACAUGGCCACGUACGCAGUCUUAGGUUCCACCGGCAACUGCGGCACGGCACUCAUCCGCACUCUAAUCCAGCGCCCAGCCGCCCGAAUCCACGCCUACUGCCGUAGCAAGUCCAAACUCCUCCGCCUCGUCCCCGAAAUCUCAUCCAGCUCCCAAGUCGAUAUCUUUGAAGGCGGCAUCCAAGACGUACCCCUCCUCACCACGUGCAUCCGUAAUUGCCACGCCAUCUUCCUAGUCAUCUCGACAAAUGACAACACCCCCGGUUGUAGCGUCAGCCAAGAAACGGCCAUGAGCGUGAUCCGCGCCCUCGAGAGCCUCAAGCAGGAGAAAGAGUACACAGGUGUCCCAACUCCCAAAAUGCCCAAACUCGUUCUCCUAUCCUCGGCCACCAUUGACGACCAGCUCUCUCGCAAAACGCCCUACCUCCUGCGGCAGAUGCUCCUCCGCUCUGCGUCCAACGUAUACGCUGAUCUGCGCGAAACGGAAAAGCUGCUUCGGUCCCAAGAGGACUGGCUGACGACCAUCUACAUCAAGCCUGGCGCGCUCUCGGUCGAUGUGCAAAGGGGCUAUGCGUUGAGUCUGACUGAGGAGGAGAGCCCGCUUUCGUAUCUGGAUUUGGCGGCUGCCAUGGCGGAGGCGGUGGAUGAUGAAGAUGGGAAGUACGAUGGACGGAAUGUCGGGGUGGUAAACACGAAUGGGAAGGCGAAGUUCCCGGCGGGGACGCCAUUGUGUAUUUUGAUGGGCUGUUGAGGCACUUUUUCCCGGGGUUGCAUCCGUAUUUGCCAUCCACUGGGCCCCGUUGAGUGUUCUGAUCGAGAUCAAGGGCAGAUGGGUUCUAUAGUCUGUUUGAUCAUGCAAUCCCUAUUUUGAGUUGAAGCUCGAUUUGAUGUUGGAAGCCAAUAGAAGGAUAUUCUGAAUGCAUGAGAUCUGGUUAAACUAGAUAUAUCGCUUGUUGAAGCUGGUUUUAUUGUCAGUAGCCAUAUGUGGUUGAGAGGCUUGCCCCCCCAGAAGAUCCUUCGUUCAAUCCAGCCAUCAUCAAGUGGGGAAAAAAACAGCAGAACAGAGCACAAUACGAUAUACUUUGGAGCCAGUAAGUAACUGUUGCCCCUAGCUGUUAACAUUCAU